GUUUGAUUGACGGGCAUGGAGGUGGCGGGGCCUUGGCUCAUCCUGUCGGGCACUCUACCCGGGCGUGGGGUUUCUUUUCCGCUUUGCUCUUAGCAUGAACUAAUUUUGAAGCGAGGAAGAUCACAAUCAUGGAAAUUGAAAUUCAGGCUGAGCUACUAAAGGAAGCCAAAGAAAGUAUUGACGCAGCAAAGAAUUACAAAGGUGAAUUGGAACAACGGUUACAGGGCCUGAACCAGGCAAGGAAACAGAUCAACGGCAGUGCCCUUCAAACCCGCAGUGCCCUGCAGCACCACUUCGGAGAACUGAAGGCCUCUGUGAUCAAGCUGCUGGACGAACGGUUGAUGUUUCUCCUGCAAGAGGUGAAUAAGGUGGAAGAAGAGAGCAUCAAGCCCCUGGACGAUUGUCAGAAGUUAAUUGAGCAUGGUGUGAACACGGCAGAGGAGCUGCUCAGAGAAGGAGAGGCCGCUGUCCUCUGUGGCACAGCUGAGGAGAAACUUGGAAACUUCACAAAGAAAGCCAUGCAAAUUCAGCUUGACAGUUUGCCUGAAAUCCCUUCCCUAGUGGAGGUGCCGUGUUUAUCGGUCCAGUUGGACGAAUCUUUCCUUGAUUUUGUCAAGAACCGAAUCUCUAGCCAUGGAGUUAUAGCGUCUCAGCCUCCUGUCCAGUUAGAAGAACUGACAGAGAGGCCAGGAGGAAUUCUUGUCCGAUGGUGCAAGGAAGAUGAUGACUUUGUGCCUCAGGAAUAUCGGUUACAGUUCUGUAAAAGUGCAUCCGGCCACUUUGAGGAUGUCUACAGCGGACCCGACACAGAGUUCGUUGUCUUGCACCUCGACCCGAAUGUCAACUACACCUUCCGUGUGUGUGCCCGGGGGGAGGGCCACUCCGAGUGGAGCCCAUGGAGCAUUCCACAGACAGCACACACCACCCUGAGUGCGCACGAGUGGAUCACGGGUUGCGAAGGCUUCAGUCUCAGCAGCCGCAGGGACAUGGCGUUAAGGAAUGACUCCCCUACUUGCAGUGUGUUGUACUCCAAGGAGCCCACCUACACCAGCGGGCAGACCCUGACCUUCCGGAUGGAGGCAACGGGCCUGCCGGACAAGCGGGACAGUAUUGGAGUGUGCGUCGAGCCCCAGAAUGGGUGUGACUCACUACAGAGGGAUAAAGCCGUGUGCAUCAGCUCCAACGGGGCAGUAUUUGUGAAUGGCAAAGAAAUGACCAAUCAACUUCCUUGUGUUUCCACUGGAUCCUUGGUUACUUUCGACAUGGAAGUGGUUAGCUUCGGUUCUGCCAAUGAUGCUGCUAGCUUCAAACUUCGAGUGAUUAUCAGCUCAGGGAACCGGGAAGUGGUGUUUGACUGGUUGCUGGACCAGCCCUGCGAGGCAUUGUACUUUGGUUGUUCCUUUGUGUACCCUGGCUGGAAAGUGCUGGUCUUUUAAGACUGAGGGCCAAGUCCUCAUUUUUAACAGCAUCUGUUGGAACUGAAAUCUGUCUACUCAGACUUGUGCAAAGCAGGAGCCUCUCCAUAAAGAAUGGUCCUCAUAUUCCACUAUGACAGCCUGUAAUUGGAAAGUCCUUGAGUUAUUGGAGGUGUUUUGCUUGUGGGAUUGAGAAGGGAAAAGAAGCAAUGUUGUCACCUUUCAAGGCUUUUUUAAAGAUGUAUUAAGGCAAGUGAAAGUACCUGAACUUUCUUGAGAAAAAGAUUAUUAUAAUACUCUAUAUAGAUUCUCCAGGCUGAUACAGGGAUCUGUGGAGAAUGAUGUACUGAUUCUGAAGUGAAUGUUUAUUCAGUUAAUAGCCAAGACGAAGGUUGCAGUUAGUGUGUGUGGACAAGUUGCCCAUUGUGACAUUUGGAUUUUAGACAUUAAUGCCAAUGUGAGAGAUGAGAAAGUGCCAGAGUGCUCAUCCUCAUCCUGCAUUGUUUUUCACAUGUUUCACUAUCAGCUUUGUCCAGGGAUGCUUCAAAAUGAAAGAAAUGUCAGUAUUUGCAUUCCUUACAGCCCUCCAGACGCUGUCUCGCAUCUGGUUCAACAGUUUGCAGCUGCUGUCCAGCCGAAGUUGUUCAUGUGAACUACAAAUGGGCUCAGCUCUACCUUAAAACAGCUUAAGAACAAAUGUGAACUAUUUUAGUGAUUUUAUAUUAUUAUACUUUAAUAUUUUACCCUAAUUUUUCCCCUGUAAAUGGUAAGUGCAAUUGAAAGUAUUUAAAAUAUAAAAGAUAACAUUUAUUAUUUUAACUAGAUUGUCCUAUUAGAUAUAAAGUAACUUUCCCAAGACAUGAAUAGUCCCCAAGCUUAUUACUCAGUGAAUCAAGGCCAUUCAUUCCGUUGGUCUAGUUAUUUGAUAGCGUGUUCAGGGCUGGAGAUUUGGCAAAACCUGUUCACUUGUGGAUGUGUGAAACAGUAUAUUGUGGUUAAUGUACAAAUUAAUAUUUUAAAAUGUGACCUGAAACUACAUGGCAGAUAUGAUUGCUCCUAAAGACUGAACAUACCUGACAACAGAAGGGUGGUGGGACAGGGUGCUAGCUGAGUGUUCAGACCACAAAUGUUGAAGCUUUGUUUUAAAUUUCCAAGGCCGGUGCAGUAGCUUUUUUUAAAAAAUGAAUAAUCCUUUCUGUGCUCCAUCAGAAGACGUCCUGAGUUCAGAGGAGUGAGUUUUGGAACCAUGUGCUGCCUGGAAUCUCUUCUGGUCAGUUUGAGAGUAUAUUCUAAGUUGCUAAGUAGAAAUGGUUGACUCUGAACUGGUGAAAUUCCUUUAAUGUGAAAUUGUUUGCACUUUUUUUUGUAUGAUCAGGGCAAUCCUGUGUUGGAAAGGGAAUGAAGAUGUCUUGGUGAAGUGGGCCGUCACUGAAUCAUUGUAAAGUGUCCAAUUACAUUAAUUGCUGUGCGUGUAUUUAGUGAAAACUACUUGUACAACGUUACAACUUGCCUGGGAUGCACUGCUUGUAUCUAUUGGCAAGAGACUGUAUUUAAUGUAUUGAAUUUAAAUACAAUUUCUACUCUGCAUAUUAUCAGAAAAACAAGCAGAAAUAUUUUAUAGAAUGACUUGGUGUGGAAUGCACCCAAAAUAUUUAGAAACUCAAUGAAAAGUGCCUUUGUGUUAUAAACAGCAGUUGUUAGACAAUCGGAAUAUUUAAAAGUGCCUGUAUGCUUACCACUUGUCCUGAGAACUGCAUCUUCUAAUAUGAUGGAUAAUUUUAAGACUGAACUGUUGGUUUUAUUAAGUAUACUUGAAAACCUCACUAGCAUGCUAACCAGGUCUGAUUGGACUGCAUGGUGUGGUGCUUAAACUUGUCAUUUUUCAUGGAUCAGUGUCAGCCAUAGGAUACUGUAGUAGAAUACAACAGUGUAGGUUAAGCUAACAUGCUGUCAAAGUUAUUGUAUCCUCUGGACUUGAGUUUUGAAAGGGCUUUUGGUUGAGUGGAGAUAAUGCUGGUCUUCAACAAAAAAAAAAUUAAGAUCACAGCUAAGGCAGUUGCUGGAAAAGCAUGCUUCCCCUCUAUAAAUAGCUGAUUUCAGUGAUGUGGCUUUGAAAGCCAAUCCUGUACUGUAAUUUUACAUAAAGAUGUUUGUUAGCAAUGCAGUGCCAGUUAGUGUUUUUUCCUGUCAUGACUGAAUUUUGAUUUAUUAAAGAAUCUGAACUCCAGCUUGGUCAGGGUCUUCUCUGCUACCUUUUACCUCUCAUCUGCCUAAAGUGUAUUGUGUAUUGCAGUAAGCAUUUUCUAAUAAAGUGAAAG